UCUCUGCAAUUUGCUUUGAUUCCAAUUGAAGGGACGCACGAUUUUAAUGGCAGUUUAACGGGAACUCUACUACUACUCUCUCUCUCUCUCUCCAGAUCCCAAAAAUCAAAUCUUUCCUUUUGCAAAAAUUGUUCAUCUUUCUUGUUUUUUUUCCCAGAAUUCAUCAGAUUCACAUUCUCAAAGCUGCUCUCUUUAUCAAAGGUUGAAGCAAGUAUGUUUAGAUCUUCACCGAGGAGAGGACAGAGAUCAAAGGGUUUCAAGGUGAAGCAUUGUAUUCAAUUGACUCUGUUACUUAGUGUUGGGAUAUGGUUGCUUUAUCAAGUUAAGCAUUCUCAUGAGAAGAAAGCUCAGUUUGAGGAGAGUUCCAAGAUUUCUGUUGGGGAUGAUAAGCUUGUGAAGCUUGGUAGGAAAGAUCUUAACCCUCUUGUCCAGGAAGACGAAGCUGAGGAACAAGCUAGUAGGAAUGUUGACAGUUUUAAUGGGGAUGGUAAGGAGAAUGAGGUUGUAGAGGAAGUUGAAGAGAUUAAGGACAAGGAAAGUGAAGGAAAUGAGGAGUCGAAUAGUGAGAUUGGGGAGAAGAAAGAUGAUGGUGGUGUAGAUGAGAGUGAGGUUGAAGAGAAGAGAGAUAAUGGAGGUGGUACGGAAGAUAGUGAGAUUGAGGAGAAGAGAGAUAAUGGCGGUAGUACAGAAGAGAAUGAGAGGAGUGGUACAGAAGAAAGUGAGGUUGAGGAGAAGAAAGACGAUGGAGGUACAGAAGAAAGUGAGGUUGAAGAGAAGAAAGACAAUGGAGGUACAGAAGAAAAUGAGGUUGAGGAGAAGAAAGAUAAUGGAGGUACAGAGGAGAAUGAGAAGAGUGGUACAGAGGAGAGUGAGGCUGAGGAGAAGAAAGACAAUGGAGGUACUACAGAGGAGAGCGAGGAGAGUAAAGAGAAGAGUGGUACCGAAGAGACUGAGGUUGAAGAGAAGAAAGACAAUGGGGAAGAGAGCGAGGAGAGUAAAGAGAAGAGUGGUAAUGAAGAGAAUGAGGUCGAGGAGAAGAAAGAAAAUGGUGGUGGUACGGAGGAGAGUGAGGAGAGUAAAGAGAAGAGUGGUACAGAGGAGGUGACUGAUGAGAAGACGAAUAAUGAAGAAGCAAGAGAGAACAAUUACAAGGGAGAUGAUGCUUCUAGUGAGGUAGUCCAUGAGUCCGAGGAGAAGACUAAUGAAGCUGAGAAUAGUGAGAAAGUGGAUGAUAAGUCGGGUUUAAAGACCGAAGAAGUUGAUGAUUCUGUUAUCAAGAGUGUUUUGCCAAACACAACCGAUAAUGGGGAAAGCAGUAGUGAUGAGAAGAAGACUGAUUCAUCUUCAGGUAAGGAAUCAGAUUCAUCGGAGGGAAUAAAAUCUGAGGGUGAAUCUAUGGAGAAGAAUGAGUUGUUGGAGAAGGAGUUUAAUGAUUCUAAUGGUGAGUCUUCUGAGGCUGGGAAAUCCACAGGGUCUGGAGACGGAGGUUCUCAAGAAACUAAGAAAGAAGAAGAUGAGAAAGAAAAGGUAGAAUCUUCUGAAGUGUCAUCUCAAGACGAAAGUAAAGACAAGGAAAGUGAGACAAAGGAGAAGGAUGAAUCCUCGUCUCAAGAGGAAAUCAAAGACAAAGAAACUGAGACAAAGGAGAAAGAAGAGUCUUCCUCGCAAGGGGAAACUAAAGACAAAGAAACCGAGACAAAAGAGAAAGAAGAGUCUCCUUCCCAAGAGAAAACCGAAGAAAAAGAAACCGAGGUAAAGGAGAACAAAGAGUCUUCGUCUCAAGAGGAAAAUAAAGACAAAGAUAACGAGAAGAUUGAGAAAGAAGAGUCUUCGUCGCAAGAUGAAACUAAAGACAAAGAAACUGAGGCAAAAGUGAAAGAAGAGUCUCCGUCCAAAGAGAAAACCGAAGAAAAGGAAACCGAGACAAAGGAGAACGAAGAGUCAUCGUCCCAAGAGGAAACUAAAGACAAAGAAAACGAGACAAAAGAGAAUGAAGUGUCAUCACAAGAGGAAACUAAAGACAAAGAAAGUGAGACAAAGGAGAAAGAAGAGUCUUUGCCCCAAGAGGAAACUAAAGACAAAGAAACCGAGACAAAAGAGAAAGAAGAGUCAUCAUCCAACAAUUCACAGGAAAAUGAAAAUACCGAGAGUGAGAAAAAGGAACAGGUCGAGGAAAACGAGAAGAAGACUGAAGAAGACACAAGUGAAUCUAACAAAGAAAGUAGCAAUUCAGAUACUGAACAAAAGCAAUCAGAGGAAACUUCAGAGAAAGAAGAAAGCAACAAGAAUGGUGAGACAGAGGUAACUCGAGAACAUUCUGAUUCUUCUUCGGAUACUACUAAUCUUCCUCAAGAAGUAAAAGAUGUUCAAACCGAUCUUGAUACUUUGCCUGAUUCUGGCAAUGGAGGGAACAAUGAGAGUGUUGCAGCUGAGUGAGUAAAGUCUCCUCUGGUUGAUCAAAAUUUCUCUCAUUUUGAUGUUGUUUAGUAGAGAGCUUACGAAUUGAACUAUGUGUCAUGUAAUUUGUUGUAAUCUUUUCCUUAACAUAUAGUAUGGGUUUGUAAUUCCCA